GCAAAUUUAAGUUUUCAUUAUUGAUUAAUUUAAAAGUUAUUUUCUCUUGUUUUUCCACUGUUAGUGUGGAACAGUGCAUUAUCAGAGUUCUCUAAAGAAUGGCAUCUGCACUUAUCUUUACAGUGGUUUGCUUCCUGGCAGCAAACGUGAAUGCUAAAACAUAUUUGAUUAAAACUACAGUCCCUUACGGGUUGAAGAAAUUCGACAAAAAUGUCCCAGUGAGGUCUGAUAAAGAUGAAGUAAAAGGAUCAGAUUAUGGAUUCCAGCCAUAUGCAAUUCCUAAUCCAGAUGGUACUUAUAAGAUUAUAAAGAAACCUGGAUAUGCUUCUGAAAUAAUUACUGCUCCUACUGGAUAUGCAUCUGAAUCAACAACUGCUCCAGCUGGAUAUGCUUCAGAAUCAAUAACUGCUCUAGCUGGGUAUGCAUCUGAACCAACAACUGCUCCAGCUGGAUAUGCAUCUAAAUCAACAACUGCUCCAGCCGGAUAUGCUUCAGAAUCAACAACUGCUCCAGCCGGAUAUGCUUCAGAAUCAACAAAUGCUCCAGCUGAAUAUGCAUCUGAAUCAACAACUGCUCCAGUCGGAUAUGCCUCUGAAACAACAACUGCUAAAGCGGGAUAUGCUUCUGAAUCAACUAUGGCUCCAAGUGGAUAUAGUUCUAAUAAAAAUGAAGGAGAUGAUUACUUUAUGUCACUAAACCUACAUUUUCCCUCUGGUUUUAAUUCUGCUACUGAAUAUUAUGAAACUAAAUAUACUUCUGAAUCAACAACUGCUCCAGCUGGAUAUGCGUCUGAAUCAACAACUGCUCCUGCUGGGUAUGCAUCUGAAACAACAUCUGCUCCAGCUGGGUAUGCAUCUGAAUCAACAAAUGCUCCAGUCGGAUAUGCCUCUGAAACAAAGAUUGAUAAAGUGGGAUAUGCUUCUGAAUCAACUAUGGCUCCUGCUGGGUAUGCAUCUGAAUUAACAACUUCUCCUGCUGGGUAUGCAUCUGAAUCAACAACUUCUCCUGCUGGGUAUGCAUCUGAUUCAACGAUUGGUAAAGUGGGAUAUUCUUCUAAAUCAACUAUGGCUCCAAGUGGAUAUAGUUCUGAUAAAAAAGAAGGAGAUGAUUACUUUAUCGAGACUACUCAUCGAACCAGAAAAUCUUCAUCAAAAAUUAUGGAUGAAAAUUAUUAUGUAAACUAGUAGGAUUACACCUAUAGGAACCUAGAUAAACUAAAUAAAAAGUUCAUACUUUG